GUUGGUGGCUUGUAGGCAUUGCCCAUUUGAAAAGGCAUACACCUGUCUUCUGAAACAGCUUCGUAGCUAUGUAAUUUAGAACAUAAAGUGAGAGAGCGAGCCUGUUUGGUAGCAAAGUGGAAGAAGUCGGGAGCAGAGGGAGCAAGAUGAAUGCGUCUGGAGGAGGCUGUGGGAGCCCUAGUUCUGCAGAACCUGCUGGAGAUUUCUUCAAGGAACUGUGGUCCAAACUGAAAGAAUGUCACGAUAAAGAAGUGCAAGGCUUACAACUGAAAAUAUCCAAACUGAAAAAGGAAAGAUGCUUGGAUGCGGAGAGACUUGAAGAGUUUUACACCAAGAAUCAACAGCUCAGAGAGCAGCAAAAAGCACUUCAUGAUACUAUCAAAGUUUUAGAAGACAGGUUAAGAGCGGGAUUAUGUGAUCGCUGUGCUGUAACUGAAGAACAUAUGAGAAAGAAACAGCAAGAGUUUGAGAAUAUCCGGCAGCAGAAUCUUAAGCUUAUCACUGAGCUUAUGAAUGAAAAGAACAAUUUACAAGAUGAAAAUAAAAAGAUAUCUGAACAAUUCCAGCAACUGCAGAAGAAGUUAGAAGAGCAAAAGCAACAAGCAGCCGAAUUAGAAGAAGGUGUCAUUCCAGAUUCUCCAGUCCUGACUUCUUCAUUUUCUAUGGUUAAUCGUAUGAGAAGGAAAAAAGAGAACAGGCAUAUCCGAUACACAGAGCAUACUCACCCAGAUCUGGAACUUGCUGAAAGCAUCAGUGAGUUUGGAAAAAAUCCACUAUGUUCCACUCAAGCAAACAGUCACCACGGAGGGGAGAUACUAGUGGCAGACACUUGUGAUCCACAGCUCUCCCCUGUGCCAAAUAAACAGAGGGCUGGAGGCUAUCCAGGUCCAAGACCAUCUUUUAACUUGGCUGCAGUUGUGGCAGAAACAAUUGGACUCGCUGUUCAAGAGGAAUCUGAGUCCCAGAGUGUAUUGAGUCCUCCUGCCCAUAACACUGUUACGAGCCAGGAUCCUGAGAGCCUGCGGUCUGAAGAUUCCAGAAAACACCCAGCAUCUGAAUCAACAAACGAUGACAACAUUUUAGGUCUUUCAGAGCCAUCUCAGAACACUCCACCACACGUUGACUGGGAUUCUCAGGUAGCUUCUCCUGUUUUUGGAGCUUCUAGCAAUGUGAAGAACAACUCAAGCACAAGUCAUGCCCCUUGUAUUUUAGAUUCAGUAUUGAAGCCUAAUCCUAAAACCAACCCCUUCAACAAUCCUUCCAGUUCCAGAUCUCAUAAAAGUAGAUCAAAAUCUGAAGAUGUUGCUUUUGUUGCACCACUUAAUCUUGGAACUGAAAUAAACUCAGUUAUCAGCCAGGCUUCUAUCAAUAGGCAGAUGGUUGUGAAGAAGAACACUAACGAGGCUGGAAUUUGUGUUGGAAACACUUGUACAGAUAAAAAUGAGGCUAUCAAGAAUGAUAUUUUUCUCAUACACCAUAAGCAACUAGAAGGCAGGUGUGCUAAGAGAAAGAAAGCUGAAGAUGAGCAUGCCAUUAGUUGUGAAAAAACAUCCUUCAACAAAGAGAACUCUGUGCAUUUCCGAGCAGAUAUUGAGCUUGUUAAUGGAGAACAUACUGUUGACAAACCCCUGGAUCUGUCUGAUCGCUUCUCUGGAGGUCGUUGCCAAGAGAAAAAACAAGGAAGUGAGGAAGCCUGUAAAAGACUGAAGCAGGUGACUCUGCAUGACGUGUUUUCACAGCUAGGGAAGCCCGUUGCAGAGGGUUCACCAUCCAUUCAGAAUGGUGCCACUAGCGAGAGUUGCCUGUUCGGCAGGGAUUUACAAGAGGAACCUUAUGUACAAGAGGCAGUGCUGGGAAAAACAUUCCCAGACAACAGGAAACAGAUCCAAGUGAAAGAUGAUAUCCCUGCCUUCAAAAUUGUACCACUACUGAACACAGUAGAGACAGAAUCUCUUUUUGAUGACAUGAAGGUUGCCAGUGGCCAUGUACCAAAUAGAAAGAAAACAAGGACAGGGUAUGGAGAGUCUGAACCAGCAUCUGUACUUCAACCAAACCCUUGUAGACUACCAAAAAGUAAAGCACUGCAAAAUGAACAAGAUCUUAAAGAUAAAUCUUCAUUAGAAAACUUUCAGUGGAGCAUAGAUCCAGGAGCUGACCUUUCCCAGUACAAAAUGGACAUUACUGUGAUUGAUACAAAGGAUGGUUCUCACUCAAGGACUGCUGGGGAAGGUGUUGAUAUGGAUUAUACAUUUGUUAGUGAAAGCGUGCUAUUAAAAAGGAAAAACCAAGAGCAAAACCGGGAAAGUAGUCCAGGAGGAGAAAAAAAAAUGAAUGAUACCUUAGCAGAAAUGUUUGAUCGAACAAGUCACGAAGAAUAUGAAUCCUGCCUAGCAGAAGAUGAUCUGUCUGCAUGUGAUGAAAAAGAAACUCUUCAUGAUGAUGAUCAGGAUAAAGAAAUAGCAGCAGCAAACAAGAAUCUAAAAAAAUAUGAAGAUAAACAAGAUAAGACCAAACAGAAAGCUUUUGUGGAGCCCUACUUCAAAAGUGAUGAAAGUAUUAUGCAGACAUUCCAGCAGAAGAGAGAGAAAAGAAACUAGCUUCGUGUUCAAGGCACAGAUUUCGCUACAUUCCUCCAAGUACACCUGAAAAUUUCUGGGAGGUUGGAUUUCCUUCCACUCAAACUUGUGUGGAAAGAGGAUACAUUAAAGAGGAUCUUGCUCCCUGUCAGCGUCCAAAGAGACGUCAGCCCUAUGCUGUAAUGUUUUCCCCAAAAGGCAAAGAGCAGAAGACAUAAACGAUUGAGAAAUACAGCACGCCAGCUGGAGGGAUAUUUUUUCUGUCCUUAGAUAUUUAUAGUUAAUAUAAUAUAAACUUGAAAUUAAAAAUGUGUUUUCUACAACAAUAAAUCAUUUCAUUAAGAAUGUAAAUUUUAUAAAAUUCUUUUGAAAAUCUGAAGUAUGUACCAGGAAGCAAAACUAUUUAAUGUAUGUUUGUUUCAUAUUUUUAUUAAUACAUUUUGUAUUAAUUUUUGCACCUGUCAGCAAGUCUUUCAUUUUUUUUU